GUGGCGGCCAUCGAGCGGCUGUACACCAACAGUGCUUCGCUGCACGGCGACGCGGUACUGUCCUUCAUGCGGGCCCUCUGCGCCGUCAGCCAGGAGGAGCUGCACCCCAACCAGCCAGGGGAGCGGCCGCGCGUGACGCUGCUUCAGAAGGUGGUUGAGUGUGCGUACCACAACCAGGCCCGCAUCCGCCUGGUGUGGUCCCGCCUGUGGAGCGUGGUGGCGCAGCACCUGGUGUCGGCGGCCUGCCACACGGACGCCUACGUGGCCAUGUACGCUGUGGACGCUCUGCGCCAGCUGGCGGCCAAGCUGCUGGACCGCGCUGAGCUGGCGCGCUUCACGCACCAGGGCGAGGCGCUGCGCCCGUUU